UACGCGACAACAGAGCAGGGGGGAGAAAGCAAGAAAAAAGAAAGGAAAAUAAGAAAAAAAAAAUCGGGAGAAAAAGGCAGAGGGAGAUGGAGGAGAUGAAGGAAUGGUGCCGGUUGAUGCCAAAGAUAGAGCUCCAUGCCCACCUCAAUGGCUCCAUCAGAGACUCCACCCUUCUAGAACUUGCAAAAGUUUUGGGAGAGAAAGGUGUCAUUGUUUUUGACGAUGUAAAAGAUGUAAUCAUGAAAUGCGGCCGAUCAUUACCCGAGUGUUUCCAGCUAUUUGAUCUCUAUCACAUACUUGCAACUGACCAUGAAACAGUAUCAAGGAUUACAAAAGAAACGAUCGAAGAUUUCGCAGCUGAGAAUGUUGUUUAUCUAGAAUUGAGAACAACUCCAAAGAACAAUCAAGCUAAAGGGAUGACAAAGCGAUCUUAUAUGAAAGCAGUCAUUGAUGGUUUAAGAGAUGUUGAUACUGUCGAUGUUUCCUUCAUUUCUUCUGAUAUACUGAUAAAUCAUACUAGUGAGAAAAAGAAGAGAAUUUUUGUCCGUCUUCUUCUAAGUAUUGAUCGUCGUGAGACCACUGAAGCAGCAAUGGAAACGGUUUGUUCCUUGUUAUUGCUUUUAUUUACUUAUUUAUUUAUUUUUAAAUAUUUUGAAGUGAAUCACACUAUACCUUCUCAUUUUCAGGUUGAUCUAGCAGUAGAGAUGAAGGAUUUGGGAGUGGUUGGUAUUGAUCUUUCAGGCAAUCCUAUUGUUGGAGAAUGGAAAACUUUCCUACCAGCGCUUAUGUAUGCAAAGGAUAAAGGACUCCCUAUUACUCUCCACUGUGGAGAGGUACCUAACCCUGAGGAAAUUCAAGCAAUGCUGGAUAUUUGUCCUGAGAGGUUAGGGCAUGCAUGUUUCCUUCAAGAUGAAGAAUGGCAAAGGGUUAAAUCUUCAAGAAUUCCUGUCGAGAUAUGCUUGACAUCUAAUCUUCAAACAGAGCGUCUUACAUCCAUAGACUAUCAUCAUUUCGAUGAUCUCUACAAAGCAAAGCAUCCUGUUGUUAUCUGCACCGAUGAUCGAGGCCUCUUCUCUACUACUUUGUCCAAUGAGUACUAUUUAGCCGCUUCAACUUUCGGACUCGCUAAGGGACAAAUGAUUGAGCUAGCUCGAAGUGCUAUUGAUUUUGUGUUUGCUGAUGAUGGAGUGAAGAAGAAUAUACGAGAGUUGUUCGAGGCUAGCGAGAGAGCAUAUUGACGACAACAACAACAGGAAGGCCUUUGUCUCAAAUGUUGAGAGGAGAUUGCAGCGAUACAAUUUGCUUAGGAAUUGAUUCUUAAAUUUGCUUGGGACUUGCUUCUUAUCAAAUUUUUAUAGAUUGCAAAUAUGGGACCAGAACAAUUGUAUUAGAAGUUGGCAAGAACUAUUGUUCAUUGACUACUAUGCAAUAAUUAUUGUGCCAUAUGAGCAGGAAUUUGUGCUCUGAAUCAA